AUGCUGCGACCACCUAUUCGCGCUCGUAGUUUAAACUGUGCUGCAAGGGCACAGCAUACCCACGCACUCCGAGCUACUACUAUCUGCCAAUCCUACCUUGGGCAUCGUGGCUUCUCCUCUUCCACACUUUAUCCUACUUCUUCACAGUUUAAUAGAUCAGAUUUCACAAAUCAACCAUGGACCGGGGUAUAUGAGCCGGGUUUGCCGACCGCUGGGCCCCUAGGCUCUACUCCAGCCUUUGGAGCUCCUCGGAUCACCCCCAAGACGUUAAAGCAAUACCUGGAUCAAUUUGUCGUCGGACAAGAUCGGGCGAAGAAAAUACUCAGUGUCGCUGUUUUCAAUCAUUAUCAGCGUGUGCAAGAACUUCAACGCAGAGACGAGGAGAAUGCGGAGUUACUAGCAAGACGGGCUCGGAGGGAAGCAAUCGAGCACCAUCCUGCGGAGGGUCAACAGCGCACCGCUCAUCCGCCACCCCACCCGAAGCCGAUAGCAUCUAUUCCAGAUGACUCGGCCCUCGGCGCUUCCUCUGCACUUCAUUUAGAAAAAUCCAAUAUUCUCUUACUAGGGCCUUCCGGUGUCGGCAAGACAUUAAUGGCUAAAACGCUUGCGAGAGUCCUCUCAGUACCGUUUAGCAUAUCGGACUGUACUCCCUUCACGCAAGCAGGGUAUAUCGGUGAAGAUGCUGAGGUAUGCGUUCACCGGCUGCUCGCUGCCGCCAACUACGAUGUUGAGCAAGCUGAGCGAGGAAUCAUCGUGCUUGACGAGGUGGACAAGAUUGCUGCCGCAAAAGUCAGUCAUGGGAAGGACGUCGGUGGUGAAGGGGUACAACAAGCACUCCUGAAGAUCAUUGAGGGCACAACAGUCCAAGUCCAAGCAAAGCAGGAGAAGGGCGCUCCUCGAACGAGUGGCGCCCCCAACUCAUAUCCAUCUAAUAACCCUCUCGGAAACGCAUCAUUUUCGCAAUCAAAUACGGGCAACAUUUCACAAAAGGGGGAAGUCUAUAACGUGCGCACGGAUAAUAUUCUAUUCAUCUGUUCAGGUGCAUUUGUGGGGUUGCACAAAGUCAUCAUGGAUCGGAUAUCGCGCGGGUCGAUGGGAUUCGGUCAACCCGUUCGCUCUCAGUCAAAUUCAACCUCUCACCGUCCCGGCGAUCCUUCUCAUCACACCAGCAACGAACCGGUUCCAAUCCUGUCGGGAUCCGAAGAGGAGGCUCUGUACAAAAAGUACCUCCCCUUCUUCACAGCAUCCUCGCCUACAUCGCCUGAUAGCGAACCAACCUACUUCAACGCCCUAGAUCUUCUCAACCCAACUGAUCUCCAAAGCUACGGCUUUAUUCCCGAACUAGUCGGGCGCAUACCGGUUACCGCUGCUCUCUCGACCCUAUCACAAUCUCUGCUUGUCCGUAUCCUUACCGAACCCCGCAACUCACUGCUAGCACAAUACAUAACCCUCUUCUCCCUCUCCGGCAUCGAGCUCCGCUUCACAUCCUCAGCCCUGCACAGAGUCGCAGCGAAUGCUUUCACAAUGGGGACGGGGGCCCGUGCCCUCCGCACAGAGAUGGAGACUAUCCUCAGCGACGCGAUGUUCGAGACGCCAGGGUCCAGCGUGAAGUUCGUGCUUGUUACUGAGGCGGUUGCUGCCCGCGAAGAGAAACCCAUCUACCUUGCCCGCGGGCAAGGUGGUCGAUUCCACUCCUUGAUCGCGGCGGAGGAAAGCAAGUGGGAGGAGAAAACUCGGCAAGAGAAGAGUGAGAAAGAAAGGAAAGCCAAGGCGCAAAGUCCGGUCAAUCAACAGAAUACUUCGAAUUUUCGGGAAUACCGUAAUCGAGCAGCUGGUUUCUGA